AGUUAAUUAAAUAUAAGUGUAGUGAAGACCCAUAUAAUAUGGAUUCUUUUUAUCAGUUUAAGAGAAAUUUGUUUGAUUUUUGGAAAUUAACAAGUGGUAUUGGUUCUGAAUUAUCAUGUGUAGCAAUUCAAAUUUAUGGAAUAUGUGACAAUUCUGCUUCUCCUAUAAUUUUGAAUGAAGGUGUAGAAUUAAAGAAUAAGGAUGAUCAUAAUGUAAGUAGUGAUAAGAAUGAGGAUAAUAAAACAAGUAAUAAAGAAGGUGUUGAAAUAAUUUAUAAAGAUAAUGAAAAUAGAGAAAACCAAUUUGAAGAUGAAGAUGAUUAUAUUUUUUCUUCUUCAGAAUGGGACCACGAUUUUAGUUUAGCAGGAUGUACUAUACAUCCUGCUGAUGAUAAAAAUGCAAAAUGGCCUCUAGAAUCUUUAUGUAUUUCUAAUUUAGAGCUGCCUUCAUUUUUAGGCAAUGAUCAGAUUUUUAUAAAUGCAAAAUAA